UGGGAGGUCUGACAAACCGAACAAGGCAGUGAGCAAGAAAUUCCAUUCCUGUUGAAAUCAGUAAUUCCUCUGUGCAGGCUGUUUUUGUGUGUGUGUGUGUGUGCUUCUGUGUCACUUCGAGAAGGGCGCUGAUAUUAUUAUUACUUUAAAUAUAGCUUGCCCUGGGGCGGGGAAAUGCACAAGGAAGGAGUCGGCAAGCAGCCUAUCUCUCAGAAGAAAAGAGCAAGCCUCACAGCACAGGAACUGGCUUCACUCAAGUGUGCAGUUUAGAAGUCAAGAAAACUAUUCCAAAUACCACCAUCUUGGAGGAGACUGAAGAAAAAGGACACAAAACUGGCUAAACACAGUGAAGAACAUGGUAAAUCAGGGUACAAAGUGCACCUAACUGCAGUCUGAGAGUGGGCUCUGAAGUACAAUGUAAGUCUUCCUUAAACUGUAUUUUUUUAUCAUAGUAUCUAGUUGUUUAAUUUCCAUUCUGAAGCCAGGCAGGGCCAAAAGGUACAAUUAGCUAUAAAGAUCAGAGUGGAGCAGAACGUGUAAUCUCUGAUAUGAGGCUGAAAAUGAUACUGAAAUACAAAAGAAGUCAGAGACUUAUUAUGACCAUAUUAUGGAAGAUGAACUAUAAAUAAGAGCAUAUCUAAUUAUUUCAAGAGAAAGAUGCUGGAUGGAAUCUUUAAUCAACUUUCUUAAUAGGGAAGUGAGAGCUCUGCUGCUUUGUAUGGCAAGCUAUUUUAAUACUGCUGUAUUUAAAACUGGGUGAUUACAGUUACCAAUAGCAAUAAGAUGUAGCUCCAGAGGGGAGUCCUAGUGGCUGCAAAAGUUUUUGUUUCUUAUUUCUCCAACAUUUUUGCUCUCUGAAGCCUCAAGUAAGUCCACAAUUUCUGUCCUACAGCUUGGUUUUGCUUUUCAGCUGGAUUUUCAAUGUAUGCCAACAAUGGACUUCCUAUGGAACUGAGAACAAAACAUUUCAGCUUUCGGAGUAAUUCUGGCACAUUUUUCUACAUCAUGCUAGUGGCAAAAGGUUGUGCUCCUUCAACUUCUGGCAUGGACAACUGAGGAAUAUAAAGCCUGAUGGUGACAAGGGGUGAAAAUUUCCCAUUUUCCACUAUUUAUCUCACCAGUUUCAGACUUAGCAAUGGAUAUGCUUCCUGAUGAGGAGAGCUCUGUGAACCCAACUACAAAUUCCCUAAUACAAAUAAAUCAUGAGAGAAGACUCUACAGAAAUGUUUAUGGAGCCGGAGAGAUUAAUAUAUCACAUCUCUUUAACUUGACUGUGGACUCUGAAAACCUAACCAAUCUUUCUUGUGAAAGCAACAUGAGUCCAUCGUGCCACCCCUCCCUGUUUCAGCUUUCACAGAAAAACUGGCCAGCUUUGCUGACAGUGAUGGUGAUUGUUUUAACCAUUGCUGGAAAUAUUCUUGUCAUCAUGGCUGUGUCACUGGAGAAAAAACUACAGAACGCCACUAACUAUUUUCUAAUGUCACUCGCAAUAGCUGAUAUGCUGCUGGGUUUCCUUGUCAUGCCUGUGUCAAUGUUAACCAUACUUUAUGGAUACACAUGGCCUCUGCCUACAAAGCUCUGUGCUGUCUGGAUCUACUUGGACGUACUUUUCUCCACUGCCUCCAUCAUGCACCUCUGUGCCAUCUCACUGGAUCGCUAUAUUGCCAUUCGAAACCCCAUCCAUCACAGCCGGUUUAACUCAAGAACUAAGGCUUUUGCAAAAAUAAUUGCUGUUUGGACCAUAUCAGUUGGUAUCUCCAUGCCUGUACCUGUCUUUGGACUACAAGAUGAUUCCAAAGUGUUUAAGAAAGACAGCUGCCUACUUGCAGAUGAGUAUUUUGUCCUAAUAGGCUCUUUUGUGGCAUUCUUUAUCCCUCUAACGAUCAUGGUGGUCACCUACUUUUUAACUAUCAAGUUGCUGCAGAAGGAAGCCACGCUAUGCGUGAAUGACAUUGGCCCAAAGACCAAAUUUGCUUCAUUUAGCUUCCUCCCUCAGAGUUCUCUGUCCUCAGAGAAACUCUUUCAGCGUUCUUUGAACAGAGACAUGGGAACUUCUGGAAGAAGAACCAUGCAAUCCAUCAGCAACGAGCAGAAGGCUUCCAAGGUUCUUGGCAUUGUCUUCUUUCUGUUUGUUGUGAUGUGGUGCCCGUUUUUCAUCACCAAUGUGAUGGCCGUAAUUUGCAAGGAGUCAUGCAAUCAAAAAGUCGUUGGAGAACUACUUAAUGUAUUUGUUUGGAUUGGCUACCUUUCUUCAGCUGUCAACCCACUCGUAUACACAUUGUUCAAUAAAACCUACCGCUCAGCUUUCUCUCGUUACAUUCAGUGUCGCUACAAGGAGGAGAAGAAACCCUUCCAGCUGAUUUUAGUGAACACUAUCCCAGCACUUGCAUAUAAUUCCAGCCAGCUCCAUCUAGCUCAAAUGAAGAGUUUGAAAAAUGAGGCAAAAAUGAUGGCUAAGGACUAUUCGAUGGUCACGAUAGGAAUACAUCAUUUGGAUGGUACCUCCAAGGGAAAUAUUAGCCCAGCAAACGAAAAGGUUAGCGGUGUGUGACAGUUGGCAGCUGCCAUGACAACCACCAUGCACACUCUGGGAGCUUCACCUGGCUGUGAGAAGCUCUAAUAGCUGAAGAAAAUCAGUCCUGUUCAAGAGACCCACCAAGAACAUCACAUACUCCUCACAUUAUCCUGUGGAUGAAAAGCAGGGCUGGAAUGGUAUCAGAUGUGCAAUUUCUUUUCAUACAGUACUUUGGCUGUUUUAAGCACAGGCUUUAUUAAACUUAUUUUUUUAAUAUUCUAAAGGAUAUAUUUCUUAAAGAAAAAAAUGCAAUUUCUUGUAUUAUAACAUGGGCUGUGAAGAAAACCUAAGCUUUUCUUUUUGCAAAUGAAAGCUAAGCUGUCCUUUGAUGUUCUCGCAGAGUAGGCUCCAGCUAGUUUGUGUUGCUACAAUGGAACUUUGUUAUCAUUAACUGAAUGAGCACUUUAUAGAAUUUUAAAUAAAAUGAUAGUUAAUUUGCUAAUAUAUAUUUAAAAUAAAUUUUGAAGUAUUAAAGAAAAAAUCUAUUAAAACCUGUAUAGAUUAAUGAUAUGGACAUUUUGGUAACAGUGUUUUUAUGGCCGUUUUUUUCUUCUGAGUGGCCAUUAUAAAAUGUCACUGGGAUUUCUGCCAUUUGCUCUACAGUUCAGAGGUAAAUUAUACUUGAAUGAUCCUUUGUUUCUACCACCAUUCAUGAUCUUUAUUUCAUAUCUUGUACUUUAUUUCCAUUCAAAAAAUUUCAUCUGUUCAGUUUACAACUUGAAAUUGUUUUUUUCAAAAGUAAUUAUUUGGCUUGAUUUCAUGUUCCUUCCCACCAGUGUUGACAGGAAAAUGAAGUGAGAGAAGAGUGGAAAAUCAGGGGCAACACUGCUAAAUAAU